UCCAUUCCAAGCCCGUCAGUUCAUUUCCAAACCCAAGGAGUGGAACAGACAAGCUCUUGCAACAUCAAAUCACACAAAAUUAUCGGACGAGCCAAACUUAAAGACUCUCAUUUGUGGACGCUAUGUCCUUGUGGAUUUAGAACGAACCUUUUCUCCAAUUUCGAGAUCUUCAGAGCUUCCACUCCGGUCAGAUCCCACGGUUUUGGACCCGAGUCACCAUGCCCGGCCAGCGUUUAAGCUGGCUCGGUAGGUUCGCCCUCUGGACUCUUAUGAGUGAAGCUCGGAUCACUCUCAGUGAUCCCAACAAGCACGCUCUCACGCCCGAAGAGCUCUUUGAGCUGGCUCAAAUCCAAGCUCAUGGAUAUCAUCCUCAUCAGGCUGUGUUUGUCCCACGGAUCCGAUCUCGACGGCAAGAACAGCCCACGCCUUAUGUAUACAUUUCGGAGGAGGAACAAGAAUCUGGUCCAUGGAACGAGUGGUCCCAAAGUGCCGACUGUUCCCGAACUUGCGGUGGAGGAGUCCUGACCGAAGGUCGGUCAUGUAUGAACCCAAAUCCGUCUGAAUGUUUCGGUCCAUCCAAACGUUAUUCCUCUUGCAACACUCAGCCUUGCCCUAGGGGUUCCAGGGACUUCCGGGAGGAGCAAUGCUCCAAUUUCAACAACGUGGCCUUUGAAGGGAAGAUGUACCAAUGGAUCCCAUAUUUGAAAGCUCCCAGAAAGUGCGAGUUGAAUUGCAUGCCUAAAGGGGAGCGGUUCUACUACCGCCAUGCUAAAACGGUGGUGGAUGGAACAUCUUGCGAUAUUGGUGAUGGAUCCCCACGGAUUUGCGUGGCUGGUGAAUGUCUCAAAGUGGGAUGUGAUGGCGUUUUGAACGGCAAUCAGGUCGAGGACAAAUGUCGGGUUUGCGGUGGGGAUGGCACGGAUUGCAACACCGUCAUUGGAACAUUGGACGAGGAGGAGUUGGUGAUGGGCUAUAAUGAUCUUCUGCUCAUCCCAGUGGGUGCCACCAACAUUAAGAUCGUCGAGGCGAAGGCCUCGAACAACUAUUUGGCUAUUCGAAACAUGUCUGGCCACUAUUUCAUCAACGGCAAUUGGCGUGUGGACUUCCCCGGAGAUUAUGAAGUGGCCGGCACGACCUUUAAAUACGAGAAAAAGCCCAAGGGCAAGGCCAGCACAGGAAGAACGGCCAAGCUCUUGUCCUUAUUCGCUCCUGAGCAUAUGUCUGCAUUGGGUCCCAUCCAAGAACCACUUUACGUUGUGCUCCUGUCACAAGAAAAGAAUCCGGGCAUUGAAUUUGAGUAUAGCUUACCAUCUGGGGCCGUGGCUGAAACUCCUCCCGAGGGUGACGGCUAUGAAUGGUCGUCUGGGGAAUGGGAUGAAUGUGAUGUACCUUGUGGUGGAGGAAAUCGAGGACGGCAAGUCUUUUGUGCCCAGAUGAGUUCCGUCGAGCGUGUGCCCGAUUACUUAUGUGAGGCGGCUUUGAAGCCCCCGACAAAUGAGAUCUGCAACACGGAGGCUUGUCGGCCCACGUGGAAAACUGGCCCGUGGUCGGAUUGCGAGGGAUCAUCCAAUGGGACCACAUCUGAUGAUCAGGAAGAAGGCAGUGGGGAAGGUGCCGAGUCGGCUAAUUCCGAUGCGUCUUGUCCGCUUCUGCAAGUCAGAAACGUAUAUUGUGCUCAAGUCGCCGGAAAAGGAAUUUCCGCCGUAAUUGACGAGUCCUUGUGUGAAGCGGGAGAAAAGCCUGUGGCACAAAAAUCAUGUAAUGAAGACCUUGAUGAGACUGCCACGGAGAGUGAUGGCCCCAAGUUCCAUGCGGGUCCAUGGAGCGGAUGUUCUGCUCUUUGUGGUGAAGGUGUCCGGAAACGAGCAGUGACUUGUUUUAAGAUAGAAAAUGGAACCAAGGCUGUUUUAGAGGAUUCCGACUGUUCCACCUCGAAGCCCGAGGAGGAAGAGCCUUGUCAAGGCGAAACUUCGUCUUGCUCGAUUCGCGAUUGGGGUCGUUUCCGAUUGGAGCGGAUGUGGCGAAACCUGCGAAUCUGGAAAAGCGACUUGAAAUGGCUGGACGUUAAGUUUAUCCCUGUGAGCAAUAGAAGCGGAUUUCUUCAAAGUUUAAAGGGAUUUGAAGAGGCCAGAGGUUUGUCCAAGGAGACUCGCGUUGCCUUUUGCAGCGAUGCCAAUGGUAUGAUUGGAAAUGACACGGAGUGUGACAGCGAUAAGCUCCCUCCACUAGAUCAAGAUUGUGCCGAGAAUGUGGAGCCAUGUGACCCAUCUUGGAUCGCUUUUCAAUGGAGUGAGUGCAGCAGCAAAUGCUCUGGCAUUAAUGGAACGCAAACAAGGGAUGUACUGUGUGUCUCAAUGGAGGGAAAUACCACUUUUUCCAUUGUCGAGGACGAUCAAUGCAACGCUGAACUCAAGUAUGAGAUGGAACAGCCUUGCGAGGGCACGGACGAAUGCACUGGAACGUGGCUGGCCAGCCAAUGGGGACCUUGUUCCAAGGAUUGUGGAGGCGGUCAGAAGAGAAGGAAGGUGUUCUGUAUCAAGGAUGAUGAACCUGUGGCUCCGGAUCAAUGCCCCAGCGAUCUCAAGCCUUUUGAAGAAGAUGAUUGUAAUAAGGACGACUGCGAGGAGGCCAGUGGUGACGGUGAAUCUCCCGAAGAGGAAGGAGCUGAGGAUCUCGCUGAAGACGAGUGCAAGGAGUAUUAUGCCGAUGAAUGGAUUUUCGGUGAGGGCUCUCCGCUAGGUCCCAAGGGAAACAGCACUGAGGCUGAUGAGGAAGCGGAGGGAUCCGGGGAGGAAGAUCCUGACGCAAUCACGGCUGAAGAUUUGGCUGGCUUCAAGAAACGUUGCAAACCUGAAGCCAUUGAGCCUUGUGCCAAUUCCACUUACAAGUGCUGUCCAGACAACUUCCACGCAGCUCAAGGGCCCUUUGGUGAAGGCUGCGAAGAAGUCAAGACUUGUGAGGAUUCUCGCUUUGGUUGCUGUCAUGAUGGAGCCACACCGGCUGAAGGCAACGCCUUUGAAGGCUGCCCUCCGUCUCAAUGCGACCUAACAUUAUUUGGAUGUUGCUCUGAUGGAGAGACAAGAGCCUCUGGACCCGAUGGUGAAGGUUGUGACGAGAAUAAGCUAUGUGAGAAUGGACCCUUCGGAUGUUGUCCCGAUGCUCGGACAUUUGCUCAGGGCCCCAAGAACCAAGGGUGCUUUGAGUGCCCCGAGGAGGUUUGGAUGUGCGACUCUUGCGAGAAGACGGAAUUUGGAUGCUGUACCGAUAUGGAAAAUGCUGCUUUAGGACCGAGCUUUGAAGGCUGUCCAAGUAAAAACGGAACCGAUGGAGGUUACAAAGACUGCACAUUGACGGAGCAUGGGUGUUGCCCCGAUGGGUUGACCAAGGCCAAGGGUCCCAACUUCAAAGGCUGUGAGGAUGCAACACCUUGCAAGGCCUCCCUUUGGGGAUGUUGCGACGACCUACUUAAUCCGGCACAUGGACCCAAUAAGGAAGGAUGUUGUCUGACCACCAAAUUUGGCUGUUGCGAGGACAACGUUAGCCCGGCUGAAGGACCCAAUCAAGAGGGUUGUGGUUGCGAAUUCACCGAGUUCAAAUGCUGUCCCGACGACUUCACUGCGGCUCGUGGACCCGAUUUCGCGGGUUGCGGCUGUCAAAUCACGGAUCACGGUUGUUGCCCCGACCAAUUCUCACCCGCUGAGGGUCCAAAUUUUGAAGGCUGUCCAUGCCACACCUAUGAAUAUGGUUGUUGUCCCGAUGGUAUUUCCAUCGCUCGAGGCCCUGGACAGGAGGGAUGUACGUGCAAAGACACGGAAUUUGGUUGUUGUGAAGAUCGUCGCACCCCGGCCGAUGGUCCAGAUGCUGAAGGCUGUGGCUGUGUGGCCUCCAAAUUUGGCUGUUGUCCCGAUGGGGAGCAAAAUGCUGAAGGAGAAAACUUCGAGGCCUGCAAUUCCACCUUACCCAUUCCCACGGCUGAUGUAUGUAGUAUGCCCAAAGAUCGAGGAACAGAUCGAAACUUUACUGUACGUUGGUUCUUUGAUAUGGAAUACGGAGGCUGUUCCAGAUUUUGGUACGGUGGAGGUUCCGAUGACGGCAAUGGAAACAAUUUCGAAUCCAAAGACUUAUGCAAUGAGGUGUGUGUGGAGCCCGAGGGCAAAGAGGCCUGCCCUUUGCCUCGAGUGCCUGGGCCUUGCGAAGGGUAUUAUCCCAGAUUUGGUUACGAUGCAGAUAGCAAGACCUGUCAGCAAUUUAUCUAUGGGGGUUGCCUGGGUAACAAGAACAAGUAUGAGACGAAGGAAGAAUGCGAAGCCACGUGCGCAGAAGACGGAGAACUCACCAAAUUUCUCACUGACAAAUGCCAGCAGCCAAUUAAGGAGGGACCUUGUGCAGGCAACUUUACCAGAUGGGGCUAUAACCAGGAGAUAGAAGAAUGUGAAGAAUUCACCUUUGGUGGUUGCAAAGGCAAUAUGAAUGCGUUCCUUACUCAAGAAGAAUGUGUGAAUAGCUGCCAGGAGACUGGAACCUCUCGAGAUGCGUGUCUUUUGCCCAGGAGUCCCGGACCAUGCAAAGACAAUCAACCGAAAUGGUACUUCGAUAAUUUCGAAAAGCGUUGCAUGCCCUUUUACUACGGAGGUUGCGAGGGCAAUGGAAACCGUUUCGACACUUUGGACGAUUGUCAAAAAUCCUGCCCGGCGGAAUUUCUCUCGGCCGAUGUCUGCCAACUGCCUGAGGAGGCUGGUCCUUGUCGGGAUUACCUGGAACGAUACUUUUUCGAUGCCGUCGAUGGAACUUGCAAGUUGUUCUACUUUGGAGGCUGUGAGGGGAACAAGAACAAUUUCAAGACCAUGGACGAAUGCCAAAGCCGAUGCUCUGUGGACUUCAGUAUUCCAAUAGAGGAGGAAUUCAAGUCGGAAUUUUGCUUCUUGGCCAAGGAAGCAGGGAUCGGGGAUCAAGCUCAAAAGCGAUGGUUCUAUGACAGUUCCCAAGGAAUAUGCGAGCAAUUCGACUACAAGGGUAAAAAAGGCAAUGGAAACCGAUUCCUCACUCGACAGGCUUGUGAAAUGUCCUGCCAGCCCAGCCAAGAUGUGUGCGAACUUCCCAAGAUUGUGGGUCCAUGUGGAGGUCGAGAAGAGCAGUUCUGGUACGACAAGGAGAAGGACGAUUGUUUCACGUUCGAUUGGGGUGGAUGCCAAGGAAACCGGAAUCGAUUUGCUUCCCGGCAAUUUUGCGAGGCCGCUUGCAAACGUGGAGGUCCUGGGAAGAACCUUCGUCCAACCAACGUUGGACCUCAGGGAUCUCUGGUGGACAUUUGUAAUUUGCCCAUCGAUCGUGGCACCUGCGAUGACAAGGUUCCCAAUUGGUACUUUACUGGGCAAGAAGGCCAAUGCGCGGCCUUCACGUAUUCCGGCUGUGAGGGCAACGCCAAUCGAUUCACAACAGAGGAGCAAUGUGAUCGCCAGUGCGGCCGAUUCAAGAACCAAGAUGUGUGCAGCAUGCCCAAAGACAUUGGGCCUUGUCUGGGUCGGUUCAAGAAAUGGUUCUAUGACGCGAAUGUGCGGAAAUGCAAGGAGUUUGCCUUCGGCGGCUGUGAAGGCAAUGGAAAUCGAUUCAGUUCCCAAGAGGAGUGUGAAACCAUUUGUGUGGUCUUGGACGAACUCUUGGUUGGUGGAAACAACACGGAUAUCUCCAAGAAAACCAUUUGCAAUCAGGAAAUGGAUACCGGUCCUUGCGAGGACAGUUUAAAGCGAUGGUUCUACUCUCCUGAACGAGGAACAUGUAUGCCAUUCAUCUACACCGGUUGCGCUGGAAACAUGAAUCGAUUCAAGAGCUACGAUGUUUGUAUGGGCUUUUGCGAAGCAGCCAGACAAGAUUUUUCGCCUUUAGGCCCCGGCAACAAACCACCCCCCGGGGUCAAUGGCGCAGAAGUAUAUGCCCCACCCCCACCACCCGAUCUAAGGCCAGAACCCCAACCUGAAUUAAACCCAAGACCUGACCAGGUUCCGGAGAACAUUGAAUAUCCCUACAACGGCUAUCAGCUCACGGAAGAUAUUGAAGACCAACCACGCCCAGCCAAGGCUCCUGUUGAUUCAGAGCAAUGCAGGCAUGCUGAAGAACGUUGUGCUUACGCCCAAUGUGAAUAUGGAGUCAUCCGUUAUCUGGAUGAUCGCAGUGGAUGUGAGGCUUGCCAAUGUAAUGAACCGUGUUUAGGUCAUGAAUGUCCCGAGGGAACCAAAUGCUCGGUUGACCUCUACUACGAGCAAGAUGGAUCCACAGGAUACAGAGCGGUAUGCCGAGAUGAAACCAAAGAUGGUGUCUGUCCCAAAUUGAAUCGGAAUGAUUACGCCAGUUGCUCCGAGGAUUGCGCAGGAGACAGCGAUUGUGGUGGGGACCAGAAGUGUUGCUACAAUGGAUGUGGGAAGUCAUGUUUGGAUGUGGUCAAGGAUCCUGGGAGCGAGUACCUUCCCGCAGCAGGUGAUGGGCAAGCUCCUGUGGUCAGUCAAGAUCCCGAUGCGCCCAAGAUUGAGGUCUCCCAACCCACGGUGGUUGCCAAUGAAGGAAGCUUGGCUGAACUCAGCGUGUACGUUAUAGGUAAUCCAAACCCUGACGUCUAUUGGAGGAAAGGUCGCCGAGACAUCGACACCACGCAAGGAAAGUUCCGAAUCGUCAAAGGAGGAUCGCUCCAGAUUGUGGGUGUGGAUCCGUCGGAUGAAGGCGUGUACACUUGCUUGGCUGACAAUGGUCGAGGAAUUCCAGCCGAAGCCACCGUCACACUGGCCGUAGACAGCCCCGUGGAUCUCAUGGCCCGAGUCAUUCCCACUGAACCGGAGGUAUAUCUGUCAUUGGGUGUGCCAGCCAUCCUGCAUUGCUUGGCUUAUGGUCACCCUCGACCCUCUGUGACUUGGUGGAGACAGGACGAGAUGAUGCCCCUGAGCUCCAACCGCCACGAGCAAAAUGCGGAUUUCUCGCUGCGUCUGAAAGCAGUGGGCCUUCGAGACUUGGGCCCGUACACUUGCCAAGCCUUUAAUGGUCAACAACCCGAUUCGUUUACUGUGGUGGUGAAGGCCGUGGGCUUGGUGAAUCCGACCACUCGCGAGGAACAGGACUAUAUGCAAUAUGUGGUAGACGCUCCUCAAGCUCCUGCACCCGUGGUUACGGCUCCUAGUGCAAUCUAUCGACCCACCCGUCCCCCUGGCUGGAAUUUCCAGGCCCCGCCCACCACCACCACUCAAGCCAAUCGACCUGAAAUGGGAUAUCUGGACGUGAGGAUCGAUUUGCCAAGGUCAAAGUUUCCACUUAUGACCACCAUCUCGAUCCCUUGCACCGUGAACAGCUAUGCCCAACCCACUGUGUUUUGGAACAAGGACGGGCGAAGGUUGCGGUCUGAUAAGAGGGUCCAGAUCAUUCGUACCAACAACACACUCACCAUUUACGACAGCACCCCAGAAGACACCGGGACCUACACGUGCGAGGCCAGCAACGGCUACUCCAGUAACUCGGCCUCGGUCUCCGUAAUAGUGGAAAACGUCCAAGUCCAGGAGACAUGUACAGACAAUCCCUACUUUGCCAACUGCAAACUGAUCGUGAAGGCCCGCUACUGCGCGAACAAGUACUACGCCAAGUUCUGCUGUCGCUCGUGUACGAUUGCGGGUCAAUUAGAGUAAUGUCCAACCAUUGCUUGCUUGCUUCUGGCUCCGAUCAUAGUACAUAGUACAGAGGAAACGGACGGACUUCUACCACCGAUCGCCGUUUCGCUCGAGUUCAGUCUUUCAGUCUACUCGUAUAUGCCUGAUUGCAACCACUGGAGAUUGAAGAUCACGAUCCGAUUGGCCAUGAGUGUGUUGUGAAUGUCACACACAGUGUGUGUAAUUAGAGAGGAUCACCUUGAUCCAUUGGCUGCAUUCAUGAAGGUUUGGUGCCCAAGCACUGAUAUGAAGGUCCUUGCUUGGGACCAAAUCUUUCCGGUUCCUUUUGUGUAUAUUUUAAAUAUUGCCAGGGUACAAAGCAACGAUUCAGUAUUCUUGUUAUUUUGUAUACUGCCCUUCUCUUCACUCUUCCAGACGAUGCCAAAGUAGUUGCCAACCCAUAACAAUACGUUGUAAAGAAACUAGCUUUUAAGGCCCGCAAGUUCAUGCCACUGCCUCUACACAUCCUUGAUCUGAUUAUUCAAUUUAAACGUAAUACUCGUAAGUGCCUUGGAAUCUUUCAUUUGUCCUGUUAACCAAGAAAAGGGCACCACUCUCAUUCAAAGUAGCGACACGCUUUUAACUAUUUCAAAUGCUCUAGAAUAAUGAUAUCUGUUCAAAUCAUAUGCCAUUACCACUUAAGGAUCACUAUUUAUAUUCAAUCAUACAUCAUGCUUGGCAGAUAAAUUCUUUGUGUACUCUCUCAUCACUUUGAACGGUAACAGAGAACCGUUCCGAUUGGAUUGUGUACAGACUCAUUUAUUUUGUUACGAAUAAACGUUUGAAUGUUU